GGAUUCACAAUCAAAUUCGAAAUUAAUUGCAGUUUGCAAUUUUUCAUUAGACUGAUCUAUUUGAUUUAUAUACUACAUACGAGUGCAUACAUAGUAUGCAUACGGAAAUACAAUAACAUGUUUCAAAUGGUAGGUAUUACGACAUUGGUGCUUGUUACGGGCCUAUUGCCGUUCAUAGAGUCCUGUAGAAGUGUCGAGCAACGUUAUAACUUUCCAAAUUCGGAUAUCUUCAUACAACUGAAAAGGACGACAUCAAAACUACAAUAUGAAAUAUUAAAAGGUACCGAAGAGCUACAAACAAUUACUUUUGAAAAUUUCAUCACAAAUAAUAACUUGGAAGCUACAUCGGAUGGUAUGUUCAAAUUAACUGAUGGAUCAAACACCGUAGAAUUCGAACUGAUAUCAUCGUCUGACGGAGUGACACAUGUUCGCAUUAUUAGGAACAAUGUUGUGGAUACUAGUCAGCCAAUGGAUUGCAUCAGCUUAAAUAUUGGUAAUACUCACUGGUACGGUGGACCGGAAGAUCGACAUCAGUAUUGGCCAGUAGAGCGACAAGUGUUUACUAAUUAUUCAUAUCUAACAAAGGAAGAUCACAAUGCUGGUUUAGCAGAGCGCUACUGGCUGAAUUCGGAUGGAAAGUUUUUCUAUGUAGAAGAUGAAACACCAUUGUUUAUUGAGCAAAACUCGGAGGGGUAUGACAACCAAUUGUGCUUCUCUGCCAUCAAAUCCUUGCCGUAUGAUGUACGAAUGAGUCAAGUGAGUUUCAUUUAUCACAUCGGUAUUGCAAGCAAUGCAAAAACUGCUCAUAUGUAUGCAGUGAAAAACAUUUUGGGUCAUCCAAAUGAGUAUCCCGAUGAGCGUAUGGUUCAAUAUCCAAUUUGGUCCACUUGGGCUUUGUAUAAAACCGAAAUCGACGAUCAAGUUGUUCGGGAAUUUGGUGAUAAAAUUAAAUCAUUGGGAUUUGAAAAUAGUCAAUUGGAAAUUGAUGACGACUGGGAGGAUUGUUAUGGUGCAUUGACAUUUAGAAAGAGUAAAUUUCCAGAUAUAAAAAAAUUAACCGAUGACUUAAAGACAAAUGGAUUCCGAGUUACGCUGUGGAUACAUCCGUUUAUAAAUAAAAAUUGCGAACCAAUUUACAGUGAAGCACUUUCCAAAGGAUAUUUGGUUUUAGAUCAUAAUAAUAACCCCGAUACCCAAUGGUGGAAUAGUAAGACUGGUGAAGCUGCCUAUGUAGACUUUACAAAAUCUGAAGUACAGGACUGGUUUAAGACGCGUUUAAGAAGACUGCAAACUGAAGACGGCAUUGAUAGUUUCAAAUUCGAUGCUGGAGAGUCCAGUUGGGUACCCGAUGACCCCAUCUUAAACAUAUCCUCCAAUUUUGCUCCAAGUCAAAUUACUAGGGACUAUGUACGCACAGUCGGCUCAUUCGGUUCAAUGGUUGAGGUGCGCUCUGGUCAAGGCACACAAGAUUUGCCUAUAUUCGUGCGUAUGAUAGACAAAGACUCGGAAUGGAAGUGGGAAAAUGGUCUUGUAACUUUGAUAACUACUCUGUUGCAAAUGAAUUUAAAUGGCUAUCCAUUCGUUUUGCCCGAUAUGAUAGGCGGCAAUGGUUACAAUAAUAAACCUCCUACAAAGCAACUCUUUCUGAGAUGGCUGCAAGCUAACGUUUUCAUGCCAAGUUUGCAAUUUUCUUAUGUUCCGUGGAAUUUUGAUGACGAGACAAUCGAAAUAAGUAAAAAAUUCACCAAGUUACACAGUGAUUAUACACCCCAAAUAAUGGAGCGUUUCAAGCUAGCUGCAACAACAGGUGAACCUGUUAAUACACCACUUUGGUGGGCCGAUCCUGAAGACACAACUGCUCAAGGAAUUUUCGAUCAAUUUAUGCUUGGCGAUGAUAUUAUAGCAGCUCCAGUUGUAGAAGAUUCCGCUACUAAGCGCGAUAUUUACCUACCCAAAGGAAAAUGGCAAGAUGGAAACACACUUGUUACAUAUACAGGCCCAAGAUGGAUAAUGGACUACUCCGCACCUUUAGACGUUUUACCUUACUUCAUAAAAGUAAAUUCAUAGAUAACAUUAUAAAAUACAUACGCACAUCCACUUAUAUACUAUACAUUCGUACAUAUGUACGUAAUUGGGCCUUAAAUAAAAUUAAAUUACAUUUGUACAUACUUCUUAAUAAAAAUAAAAACAUUAAAUUCUGGUAUUUUUAAACAAUAAA